AUGGCGAGCCUGUGCAAGAGGCAGCAAUGCACGGUAGAGAGGCGCGGCUUUCGGCAGGAACUUGACUCGUGGAGGCACAAACUCAUUCACUGUGUAGGGUUCGAGAGCAUCCUGGAAGGCUUGUUUGGGUCCGGACUAAUCGACAACAUCACCCUCUUUCAAGACUGCGAGCCCACGGAGGUUUCAGACUGGUCUUUUGAUGAGAACUGUCUCUUCUGCUGCUCGAGGCGGGAGAAAAAGGUGAAGAAGCGGACAGAAGAGGACCGUGUUGUGGACAGCCAGGUGAACCAGAGUGACGAGCAGUCUAGGAUCUGUCUGGAGAGGCAGGCACAAGACUUCCUCAAUGCUGUGUUGCACAGGAAAGAACUGCCAGGUUUCUCCGACCCUCAGAUCCCCCUAGUGGCUCGUGAGAUCAUGCACAGAAUGAUCCGCCAGUUCGCUGCCGAAUAUACCUCAAAAACUACUCAGGAAGACCCGCCAAACACCCCCAUCAAGGACCAAAGCCUGCUGCCGAGAGCGCCCUCUCUGGCCCCGGGCCCUGGGAGUCCCCAGGGGCCCCGGCCACUGAGCCCACUGGCCCUGCCUCCGCCAGAACCCAGCUCACCAUCCCCCUCACCCUCCUCCUCUUCAUCCUCCUCAUCCUCAGCCUCCUCCCCGUCACCCGCCACUCCUGCUGCUCCUUCUGCUAGCAGCGCUGCUACCGCUAGCGGCGCUAGCAGCGCUGCUACCGCGGCUGCCUCGGCCCAGAACCCAGUGCUCAGCAAGCUGCUGAUGGCCGCCCAGGACGCGCCGCUGGACCUCACCGUCCGCAAGGCCCAGGAGGAGCUGGAGCCCAGCCAGCAGGAUGGCGUCCUGGACCUCUCCACCAAGAAACAUCACAGCAUCCUCAAAACCUCGCCUGGCCUCUCCUCCUCGCCCACCGUCAAGGGGAGAUCCAUCGGACUGGACCGAGCCUCCAGGGACCUGGACGAGGAGGACGGCCCGCUGCCAAGAAGCUUGCAGGACGGGCGGAGGGACCUCUCCAUCAGCUCUACCUCCCUCAAGCCACCCCUGGCCCGCUCGCUGGUCAUCAAGGAAGAACUCCGGAGCCAGAAGCACCGCCUCCUCAGCCAACCCGCCGCACUCUCAUUGGCUAAUCUGGAGUCGGUCGGUUUGCUCAACCACGGGCAAGCCCAUUCACUCCUGAGCCGGGAGAGCUCCGGGUCCCCGUGGGGGGGGAAAGCCCGCCUGGACAACCUGCUGAAGCUGAAGCAGGCCAGCGGCUCUCUCUGCGGGGCCCUCGGCGACCUCAAGGAGCUGCCUCUGUUCCUGGAGAACCACCACCACCACCACCACAACCACCACGGCUCCUCCAAGGGCUCCGCGCACCACCACCACCACCACGGCCACCUGCAGAUCUCCAAAGCCUACCACCACCACAACCACGACAGCAAGCGAGAGCAGGGCCACUCCCCCCCUGUGGACCUGAAGAUCCCCCAGGUCCGCGGCGUGGACCUCUCCUGGGAGAGCCACGCCUCCGACCUCUUCGGCUACGGGCCGCUGGGGCUGGGGGGCAGCAGCCUCGCCGAGAACGCGCUCAGCCGCAAGCUGAGAGCCAUCCUUCCCAAGCAGAACCACCGAGGAGGUCUGGGGGGCUUGCUGGAGGGGGCGUCCGACUACUGGAGCUCCUCCGAGCUGGACCACCCCGGCUCCGGACCGGCCUACUCCAACUGCGACCUGGAGGGAGACUCGGUGUCGAAGCAGCCCAGGAAGAAGAGGGGCCGGUACAGGCAGUACAACAGCGAGAUCCUGGAGGAGGCCAUCGGCGUGGUGAUGACCGGGAAGAUGAGCGUGUCCAAGGCGCAGAACAUCUACGGCAUCCCGCACAGCACCUUAGAGUACAAGGUGAAGGAGCGCAUGGGCACCCUGAAGAACCCCCCAAAGAAGAAGCUGAAGCUGAUGAUGAGGAUGGAAGGGGGCCCGGACUCCGCCGCCGAGUCCGAGAACACGCCCACCACCACGCCCCGCGACGACGAGCCAGCGCUGGCGGCCGCCGAGCUGAACGACGACUAGGCCGGGAGGGAUUAGCCGGACGAGCAUUUAGUCAAACCAAGUGAUGGAGCGGCGAGAAUAGAAAAAAUGUUAUAAACCUCAAAAACAAAGUGACUGAAGUGAUUUGCAAAACAAAUGGGGCUUUAUUUGUGCCAAUUUACUUUGCAGUAUCUGGGUGAGCACAAAUGCAGGGAUAAGAGAUGAGGAGGAUUCUGGAGUAAUACUAAACUAAUCGUCUGGCUUUUUAAACAUGUGUCACUUGAGCAAGACUAUACAAGCGUUUGUUCAGCUUUUAGAUCCAGGAGCUCAACAAAUGCAAAUGGAGACGAGUCAUGAGACAAUUAAUGACAUUUUUGUAAGCAUGCUGAUAAUCCCUUCCCCAAAAACAACCCCCAACCCUUUCCAAACUUGUUAGACUGGUCCAACCCUGCUUUUAAAUGCAGUUUGGUCUAUGGGACAUUCCAAUCUAAAGAAAAUGAGGCAGGGAGGUUGAAAAUGUCACCCUUUUGAACAGACAGAUAAAUUAAGACCUCCCCUCUCUAUUGGACGACUAGUUAAGUGGUAAGUGAUUUGUCUAUUCUUUUUAAAGAAAACUGUAAAGGUUUAAUCAUGCAAUUGAAAUUUCUCACAUGGGUUUUAAAUCAAAGCCCACUCUCUAAUUGCCAGAUAGCCAUUACGCUUUAACUGCAAUCUUUUUUUUCCUCCUUACAUAUUCUGCUAUUUUCUAUGUGGACGAAAGCAACAUUAACCCAUCCUUUUGAAGGAAAAGACACAAAGUCAUUCAGGGAUGCAUGUUUGUGAGUUUCGUAGAUACUACUGACUUUUAGCAUAGACUUAUUUUCCUCUGUCUUUAUUUUUAACUCAUUAUUUGCUUUCUUUUGCACUACACUUUGGGUCUGGCGCUUACAGACUAGGUUACCUCGGCAUUUUGCCCUAGCAUCAUGCACUUAUUAUGGUCUGUCUCCGUACCCCUGUACCAAGUUAGAGAUACCGCAAGUCACCUGCAGUAGUUGAUACAGAAUUAGCGCCAAGAUACCCCCGGUAUUUCCUCAAGGCAUGAAUUUUAAAUUUAAUCGGAUUCUGGAUCAGCAAUUUUUUAGGUUGACUGCUUCCUCAUGUACCUCUGACAGUGUCACACCUUUUGACCUGGUGUCCCUGAGAUUGCUCUCCUAUUCGGGAGCGGAUUCAGCUCAUCCCUGGAUGAUUGGAUGAAGCUAGCUGGUGAGCUAGCAAUGGGCUUCACAGGACCAGAAUGUGAAACCCUGCUGCUAUCAAGCUGAUUACCUACCUUUCAAGGCUUAAACUAGCUGCAGCGGACAGCUUUCAGCCAACCCUAGCUAAAUGGCUAAAGCUAAUAGAUCCCCCUUACCUCUUUUACUGGUACAUUUGACCAAAUCCUUGAUUUUAAGAGUUGAUUUUAAGAGUUCAAGACAAGUUUCAGCAAGUUUUUAGGGCAAUUCAUCUCAAUAAUAAGUGACGUUAAUUUGGCGUUAAUCUCAGCAUGGUGUGUUUAAGAUACUACUAGCCAUUAUAAUCCUCAUGCUACUCCGAAUUUAUUUUCAACUCAGGGUAACUGAGGCAGACAAUUUGGGUUAAGAACGACAACAUCUCCUGCAGGACCUAUAAGUGAGAGGCAGGAGAAGAGGCGUAUCAUUCAUGUUAGCUUAGAGGGGUAUCGAGGACCACAGAAUAUUGGUGAGAUUUAGCUGUAGGGCAGACAUAACAGCGGCAGAUCAUUAAGGACACACUUAAGUUGGGCUUGAAGUUUGGGCCGAUGAAUUUCUGAAAUUGCACCUUUCUGAAACUUGACAAGGAGACAGGCAGAAGUAUCUGAUGUUAUGCAUGGUUCUUUGUUUUGGUUGCGGUAUGGUUGAGGCAUCUCAGACACUUUUUCCUCAAAACCACAAAGCCACAGGAUGACACCUUGAACUAGUAGAUUUCUGUCCUGUUGUCUAGUCUUCUGCCCUACCCCUUCCAAAGCACCAGGGACUGACAGGAAGUGAGAAACACAUUUCAGGAAGUGAGAAAAAUCCUUUAAAAAAGAAAAAUACACUUUUCUAUGAGUAAAAAACAACAAUUAGGAAAAAAGCUUUUAUCUGCGUCAAUCUGCUUUUAGCCUACUCUCGGCCUGUGGUAAUGUUGCUCUUGGCCCCUGACACUGCCUAGUGCUCACCCAGCCCACCAGGUUUAAAACAUGACAAUUGUCUUUCUUUUUUUGUAUUUUGUUGUAUUCAUUUCAGAUCAGAUGAAAUCAUCUCUUGAACUGUAUUGUGUAUUUUAUUUAUUCGAUUUUGAUUGUCUGAUUGUUAUUGUGUUCCUGCUUUUCAAAUGGCAUGCACCCGUCUAGUUUCGGCUGAGAUUUGGGGAGUAAAUCAGUACAAGGUAGUGAUUUAACGAAGACAAAUCAAAUGAUUGAAUCUAUACCUCGUUGAAACAAAUCAAUUAUUCAGAAUACGAUGACUAAUCAUGUGUAGCCCUUGAUAAACACAAUCUUCACUGAACUCUCUCUGUUGAUGGCAGUAGGCUUGUGAGCAGGUUUCCUUGGCGACGGCAGAGAGCAGCAUGCGACCAAACCUCAUGCAUGCAAUGCGUCCAACACUUUGACAAUGCCGAGCAUUUGAAGUGUCUAAAAGAGAUUUAGGUGCGUGGGAGUGGGGACGGUGGUCCAUUCUAGCGUCAAGACAAUGCUCAUAGCAAAAAUGUAAAUCUGGUUGUUGAAAAGUAAUUCAACCCUUUGAUUUUAAAAAACUCAACGCCAGAUGGUUACACACCACGAUUUGGACAUAAGAUUCAUCAAUGUUUCCGUGUACAAUUACUCGUACAAUUGGCACUUAUACUGUGACCCAGUGCACAGACAAUUUGGCUACAAGAGCACUUACAUUGACCUCCCCUGUGAGGGGAAUUUCUGAAAGGCCAAACUCUUUUCCUUCUAAUCGUCACGAAGAACCGUUAAUUGGAAUUAAUUAAUUAGAAAACUGAUUUAUUGUAAUAAUUAUACUUAUUAGAAUAGAUUAAAGCAAGCUCCAUGAUGCAGCCGGAUCUAAUGAGGUGCACGCCAUUGAAAAUGUAUUUGUCCUAUUCCACGUUUUGGUUUUCGUAUUGAUUGUUCACCUAUGGAUCGUUGAUCUAUGGAUUGUUCUUAUUGUUCUUUGGUUAACGAAUCUCCCUGUCCGAAGCCGUUCUCUUUCUACCUGAGUCUCACCUCAUUCUCUUGACAAACAAAAACCUCAUUAUCAAUGAUAUUCAAGAAAAAAAAGCAGUAAACAUCUAUUUAUACAUUUAUUUAUACACUCACACACAGACACACAUAUACGUAUAUGUUAUAUAUGGAUAUCCAUAUAAACCUCAUCCUAUGAAUGUAACGCACAGUUGAACAGCCCAACCUCAUACCGCCGAGCUUGACUCAAAGUAACGGCCCAGUUAGCUGAUUUUAGACCGUUUUCCUCGUUGCAUUUCCUUUUCCGAUCCCGCGUUGUAUUUCUGAUGUGGCCACGCACCAGUAGCCUUCAGUACUGUAAAACGACUCAGGAACGAGCCAGGAGUAGGGGCAGCAAUACCUUUUAAGUUUGAACACAGACCUAACUACCUGCACUAGAUGGACUGGAACAGACAUCUUUGCUAUACACCCACUUGGCUGAACGUGACCAAGCGUUAUACCUCAAUCUUCGAAACAAAAAACGUUUUUCUUUCCGUGCCUCAAACUCGGGUCCCUCGCAGGUAAACCUGGCGACAGGACAGCUGAUACUCUGGGAAAUAUGUAAUAAGCUCCUUCUUUUGUUGCUGGUUCAUUUCAUCACGUUUUUUGCUUGGCUUUGUUCACCUCUUUCCUGAGACCAGGAGAGAAGCCUCAUUAAUACAUCCAAAGCCGUUUUAGGAAAUUCUUUCUUUCUUUCUUUCUUUUUUGUUUUUAUAUGAGUGGCAGACUUGAAGAGAAUAUAAUAGAAACAGCAGGGAUUUAGCAACGCUUGUGCUGUCUGUGCCGUCUCUCACAUACAGUGACUUUAUGUUUCCGGUUUCCCAACCAGAUACAGAGUUCCCUCCUCUGGUUUCAGCCUGAGGCCGGAGCAGAAGAAUUAGGUUUGACACACCCGUGGAGAGAACAGGGUUCCUAUUAGGUUUAUCUAUGAUGUCCUAUUCUCUUCUGUUUUUGGUUGGUAACGGGAAACUCCAGUUAGAAACCUGAGAGACGUAUGUGUGUGUGUGUGUGUGUGUGUGUGUGUGCUACUUACACCUACACACACACACAAUCUCCAAAUAGAGACCCAGACGGGAGAUGAGGGACAGGUGGAGAAGUUAACCCAUUUAUUUUUUGGUGUAUUUUUGUUUUCUUUUUUAAUCUACUGUCUUAUCAAUGUCUUUCGAAAAAAAGUUGUUUUAACGAUGCAUUCCAAACGGAAUAACUAUUCCCUCCACACAAAUGUAACUUUCUCAGAUGUUAACUGACAGACCUCUAUACAUAUGAAAAUAUCUAUUUAUUUCACUGUUCUGUGUCUUCACGUAUGCCAAUCCAAUGUUUUUGUUCAUUUGUAUAUUUUGGGAUAUUUCAUUUUUUUGCUUCUGUUCUAGCGUGUGAGAGAUUGUCAAAAAACACACACGGUAAAAAAAAAGAAGAAGAUGAAGAAGAAGAAAUGUUUUAAGCGGGAAAAAAAAGCAACGACUGAAACCUCACUUUCUGGCCAAGAAGGGCAGGCCAUCUCAACCUCAUCGGUGGCCUGUCACGUGCAGCAGAGACCCCUCGGAACACGUGCACACGUUUGUGUAUAUUUCUAUGAACGCCAUGGUGGAGCACUUCCCUCCCUGGGGGAGGGGGAAGGCUGGGACGAUCGUUGUCAUGGUCAUGCUGCGUUUUGGUUGUCAAGCAUACCUCAGGUCCAACCACUUCAAAGCAGCUGAUUGUACACCAACUCAACAAAUACUCAGACACACACACACACACACACACACACACACACACACACACACACACACACACACACACACACACACACACACACACACACACACACACACACACACACACACACACACACACACACACACACACACAAAGACAAACACACCAAAAAAAGAAUACACAAGAUUUCUGUUCAGAUGUAACUGUUUGAUGCAGUUGUUUUUUUUAUUUCAUUUUUUUCAUUUGCUGUCGAUGUUCGUGUGUAAUGAGUGUAUUGCUGUUGUCGUUGAUGUUGUUGUCGGUUGUUGGUAAGCGGACGGCAUCUCCCAUUGUUAGGGGAGGGGGUGGGGAAACAGCUGUAUUCACAAGAGCACACACACACAAACAAACGCACACACACCCCCCUCUCUCGCUUCAUCAGGUUGACCCGUGUGUGUGGGCUGGCUACAUGUGUGUUGUUACAGCAACCCCUCAGGAUGCUGGCUCCGGGCCCUCUAAGGGCCCAUUCUCCCCACUCUCUCAGACCCGAGGGCCGGCCAAUCUGGUCCCUGCCCCAACUCAGAGGAAAGGACUUUCUUUUAAAGUCACAUACUUAUGGAUUUCUAUGACCCUUUGCCAACGGAUGAUGUGUUUGUACGACCUGCUUUUGUACCUGUUUAUCUUUGAACCCUUUGACCUCACUGGCCGCCUGCUCUGGCUUCACGUAGUGCUGUCUCCCACUGGUAUCCUGCUCUGGCUGUCUGGGACACGCGUUUGAAACAUGCUUUCUGGAGACGAGCCUGUAAGCGUCUCGGUGAAGUUAAGCUUAAGUUUGAGUCACCGCACUCACCAUCGCCCCCGCGGAGGCCCCGGGGGUCUAGCUCCAUGUCUGGAGACGGGAGGACUCACAGGGUAGCCUCCAUUCCUCCAGCCCCCUCUCCGCCGGGGGCACAGUGAGAGGGCACCUCCAGAGAAGCAUGUCUCAACCUUUUACCUGCACCGCUUCUAAACUGACGGCUUUGUCUGUCCAGGCAUUGCCUCGUCAUUUUCCUGCCCGUGUGCCUGUUGAGGCAGCGGAGAUGAGGAGAUGGUCUCACCGUGAGGUCCCUCUACGGGGGGACCGAGCGUGUUAAAUGUCAAAGCUUCUUGUGGGGAGGUGGAGAGUGCUCCGUGGAGACCUUAAAGGGCAGAUACGCCUCUUCAAUGGUUCAGAGCGGCCGCAAUCAACACCGCCACUCUCACCCCUCGCGUGGAUCUGUCCGCUGCUCAAAUCCCUUACACGAGUCUGCCGCUAUUAUUCGAUCGCACAGGGUCGCAAAGCCUUUACUAUAGCCUGACCCAUCGGCUGCCUAAGGGGCAUUUAUACCUGUCCCCCGAAAUCUGAAAUCAAAUUUUAAAACUUGACUUAAACAAAAACUGUUUGUUCAUGAAUAUUGGAGUUAAUAAUCCUUACAUUAUUUUCAAAAUGCAUUUAAAAUAAACCGUCUCUAAUGGAUACAUGCAUAUAUAUAUAUAUAUAUAUAUAUAU